AUGCAGAUUCGCGUGGUCCAAAUCUGGGGUUUCCUGAUGACAGUUUUGGGCUGGAUCUUUGUGGCCUGCACCAUGGCCAUGGAGGGCUGGAAGAUCGCCUCAAUUGGGGGUAUGGGGGGCUCUUCCAUCAUCAAGGUGGCCUGGUACUGGUCCAGUCUGUGGAGGAGCUGUUUUACAGACUCAACUGCUGUCAGCAACUGUUAUGACUAUCCUGUGCUCUGGUCUGUGGAAGGCUCGAUCCAGAUAGUGAGAGGUCUGCUGAUGGCAGCUCUUGCCCUGGGUAUGCUGGGGUUUGUGCUCAGUCUGAUGGGUAUGGAGUGCACCUUUAUUGGGGGAAAAGACCGAUCAAAAUACAAGAAAAUUUACAUCGGUGGAUGGUGCCACAUAAUCGGCGGUAUGCUGUCCACAUCUGGGUAUGCUGUUUAUGCACAGUAUGUCUCAGCAGACUUCUCUGAUGGACUGAACUAUGACCUUGGCACCCCGCUGUUCCUUGGUUGGGUUGGCUCAGCCUUUCACAUGACUGGAGGUUCAUUCUAUCUGUGGUCGGUGUGCACGCCGCUCUGUGGAGGAGAGGAGACGGUGAUCAACAUCCAGCCACUACAAGAUCCUGAGCAGAAUAAGUCCUCCACAGCUAAGUCCACAGUGUCUGAGAUCACCUCCAAAACCAAAGUGUCCUCCAUUUCCGAGCUGUCGUCCAAGUCUGAGCGCUCUGACGUCUCUGCCAUUUCCUCAAGAUCCGAACGCACAUCCAAAUCUGGACGCACAGUCAAGUCAGUGCGGUCCUCUAAGACUGGGCGAUCAAACGGGUCUGCAGGGUCAAGAUCAGGAUCAGGGUCGGAGUCCGGCCGCUCCUCAAGGUCCAGUGUGUCAACUUUGUCCGAGUCAAGGAGCAGUGGCAGCAGCAGCCGGACAGUUUCGUCACUGUCAGGCAGUUCAAAGAGUGAAACUAGACCAUUCAUUAAAAAUUCCUAUAUUUGAAUAAAUUUGAAUAAUUAUGUGAGGGAAAAAUGCUAAUAAAUGUGUUGUACAGAUUAUCUGAUAUAUUUCUAUUCAGUUUAUGAAUCUGUGUUGAAAGCAAAUUCUGUAUGCCUUUUGUAUUAAUAAAUUUCUCAUUUUAAAUAAAUCUGUGUCAAAACUAGCACUAGA